CCUGUUUUAACAGUUGCACCGUUUGCGUCCCCAUUUUCGGCCCCGGCAAAUGUCUGGACGGCUGUCGAAAUAUGCCUAGAUGGCCAUUCUGAGACGUUGGAAUCCAGACCAUCUCGAAGAGGAAGAUAUAAGCUGCGAUUGAUGCCCGAGUCGAGCAAGAGAUCACGAUCACUUGCAAAUCACUUCCAAAACAAACACCAUUCUACAGCAAGCCUUUCCUGAGUAGCCUCUUGAGCAACUGGGAAAACACAUUCUUGAGGGACAAGCCUUCGUUAUCGGACCAUGAUCAAACAGCUUCUCCUUGCCUCCCUGGGCCUCCUAGCACUAGCGGCGGCAGAUAGCAGCAAUCCUCAACCCAAGCCCUUCGACUGUGGAACCGACACUGCUCACGCUUCCGAGGACUUCCUCAACACCAUCCAAUCGCUCCACUCGAACCAAGCCUCCGGCUCACCCGCGGCACGCGCAGCCCUCGCUGCACGUGACAAGGACAACAACUCAGCCAUCAGCGUUGACGCCGUCUUCCACAUUGUCGCUAAGCAAGACAAGAAGGGCGACAUCACAAACGACAUGCCGCAAGCGCAGCUCGACGCGCUCAACGAAGCCUACAAGGACUACGGCAUCCAGUUCAACCUCAUCAACAUAACGUGGAACACCAACGAUGCCUGGGCCGUCGGCGACAAAGACGCUGAUCUCGAGAUGAAAAAGGCACUGCGCCAGGGCACGUACCGCACGCUCAACAUAUACUUCCAGACCGACCUCUCGGGCGGCGUGCUCGGCCGCUGCACACUCCCGUCCAACAUCGCGAACGGCAAAUCCGACACCAGCGUCUACGCAAACGACGGCUGCAACGUGAACGCCAACACGAUGCCCGACGGCGCCAUGGACGGGUACAAUCGCGGCAAGACGGCCGUGCACGAGACGGGGCACUGGCUCGGUCUUCUGCACACGUUUGAGGGAAAUUCGUGCGAUGGGCCUGGCGAUUACAUCGAUGAUACGCCCAUGGAGAAGGAGAGUACGGAUGGGUGUCCGACGAAUCCGCCGAAGAGUACGUGUCCGCAGCAGCCAGGCAGCGAUAAGAAUGAUCCGAUUCACAAUUUUAUGGAUUAUUCGACGGAUGGCUGUUACGAGGGGUUUACGGCGAUGCAGCAUGAUCGAAUGCAUUAUAUGUAUAAUAUGUAUCGGGAUGGAAAUUAGGGGGUUGGCGGAAAGAGGUAAGAAUGGGUCAAGACUGUUCUCUAGAGGACCCGGUAUUGUCGGAUUGGUAGGUCACAGCCUUCUUUCUCGCGCGUUUUCUCUACUCAGUUGAUCGUCAUUGUCUAUUGCUC